UUUAGUUUUUAAAUGUUUUCAUUUCGCCAACAAAUUAUACCGUGACUUUUGCAUUCCACAGUAGUUUUGUAUUGUGGAUUAAAAAGCAACAAUCUCCAAGCAGGUUGAAACUAUCUGGCGUCGUUGAUUUCGUUUUUGUUUGCAAUCCACUUUAAUAAUAAUUAUGUGAGUCAGUGAGUGUUCGAAGCGUUCGUUUCCCAAUCCACGAUUUCACCACUCAAAAGCAGGUGCUUCAUCUUGUUGUGCUGUAUUAUUCAUAAAAAUCUUUUAUCACAAUGCUACCACGGAUCAGCAGACUCUUCUCCUUUGUUUGGAUAUUUUGGGCUGCUCUGGAUAUGCAUCUGGUCUUUUCUUUAUCCAAAGAAGAGGUCGAAAACCACAUGAAUAUGGCCAAAGCCUUCCUGGGAAAAGGGCAACUGGCAGACGCAUUAUCACAUUACCACGCAGCAAUAGACGGUGAUCCCGGUAAUUACAUGGCGUACUUCAAGCGUGCGACGGUAUAUUUAGCACUCGGGAGAGCUAAGAGCGCACUGCAUGAUAUGGAGCGUGUUAUUGAACUGAAGCCAGAUUUUAUUUUGGCAAGAAUACAGCGGGCAAAUCUUUGGGUCAAACAAGGCAAUUACGAGGAUGCAGUUCCAGAAUACAAUUUUAUACUGAAUAAAGAACCUUCCAAUGCCGAAGCCCGGUCUCAGCUGGAAUUGAUCGAAGAAGCAAAGACGCGUUAUAUGACUGCUCAGCACGCGAGCAACGCCCAAGAUUAUCAUACCGCUUUGCAAGAAUUUGGAAGAGUGCUGGAGAUCAGUCCAUCGGAUGCAGAUCUGCACGCCAAAAGAGCCGAAAUUUUUGAGACAGUCGGUGACAUGCCUGCGUCCAUCGCUGAUAUGCGGGCGGUAGUAAAACUGCGCGCUGAACAAACGCAGCCACAUCUUCAACUGAGUCUGGCACUUCAUCGCAACGGGGAUGCGGAAGAAUCUCUUAAUGCCAUCCGCGAAUGCCUCAAGUUGGAUCCGGACGACAAACCCUGCAAAACCCAUUACACUUUCUUAAGAAAGCUAGUGAAGCAACUCCAGGGUAUCCAGGAGGACAUCAACAACAACCAGUAUGCAGAGUGUGUCCAAAAAUGUGAUGCGGCGCUGAAAACGGAUUCCAGUACGCCGAAAAUUGUCCGAGACAUCAACAGCCGACAAUGCCUGUGCCUGAGCAAAGUAGACGCACCGCGAGGCAUUAAGGUCUGUUCAGCUCUCCUAGAACAAGAGCCGGAUAAUUCAGAGUUUCUUAUGAACCGUGGAGAAGCUUAUAUUUCUAAUGAGCAAUACGAGGAUGCUGUGCGCGAUUUCGAAGAAGCUGUGAAAUCCGAUAAUGAAAAUCGUCGAGCACACGAAGGAUUAGAAAGAGCCAAAAAGUUGUUAAAGCAAGCUAACCGAAGAGAUUACUACAAAAUCCUAGGCGUUAAAAGGACAGCAAACGAAAAGACGAUUACAAAAGCUUAUAGAAAAUUAGCAAAAGAGUGGCAUCCAGAUCGGUUUACGGAUGUCCAGGAAAAGGAAAAUGCUCAAAAGAAAUUUAUGGAGAUUGCCGCUGCUAUGGAAGUAUUGACCGAUGAAGAGAAGCGUAAACGCUUCGAUGCCGGUGAGGAUCCACUGGAUCCCGAAGCCCAAGCACAACAAGGCUUUCAUGGAUUUCAUCCCUUUGGCAGAGGUUUUAAUCCUUUUGGUCAAGGGGGUCAGACCUUUACCUUCCACUUUGGAGGAUAGUAGUUGUCGUUGUGAUGCUUUGUUCAAUAAUAAAAUGACUAUGUUGUUUGUUUUCUUAUGGUUAAUAUUGUGAUUCCUAGCAAUGCGAGUGCGAUUAUUGUUACGUUUCUAACUUGAAAAAUUUUAUGUCUGUUUUUAGUUCGGAUGCGAAGUGCGAACAAAUAAUAUGAAUCGCGAA